AUGGCAGGCCCUCUAGGCAACCCCAACGCCCAAUUUUCUGGCCCGCCCUACAUGCAUCCUUUCCGCCCCGCCUCUGCUAUGAGCGCAAACCGCUUCGACGAAGGCUACUCCGAGGACACGAGGAGCCAGAAUGAGGGCGACAUGGCUAUGCGCAGCGACGUGCGCUUGACCGACGCCGAGAUGGACGCCGACUCGCCGUUUGCCCUGCCCGACUGGGUCAUGAACCUGAGCGAGAACGAACGAAGUGAAUUCGCAUACGCCAUACUACGCUCGCUGCGGACCUCCUCGAUAGCCGGCAUCGUCGAGAAGCUCAACCCACUCCUGCAUCUCGACCCUGUCAUGUACCUUCCGCCUGAGAUCACCUUCCAGAUUCUCUCAUAUCUCAACCCCGAGACGCUAUUACGCGCGUCAACACUGUCCCGCUCGUGGAGAGAACGCGUGCUCGACAGCCCCUUGUGGAAAUUGCUUUUCAGGUUAGAGGGCUGGAACUCCAACUUCCCACAGGUGCGCGCAUACGAGGAAGCGCAAAGACAGAAGCGCGCAGAGUUCAAGGAGAAAGAGCGGAAGACGCGACACAGAGCCGCCGAAGACACCGAUUACGGCAAACCAUCCCACAAAAAGCGCGUGCGAGAACGGCAGCUGUUUGGUGACGGGGCCGCGUUGGAGAAUGGCACACAAAACAUAUCAGAGCCAAUGGCCGUUAGUGGCUCUGCGGGCAAUGCUUGGGGCGAACAACAUGGUGCUGUAGAGGCUGAUGACAGUCCAUCUGUCAGGUCUGAGGAUAAGAUGGAGGGCAUCUCGUUCCACGGUGCCUCGCCGACGGCCUCGCCCACCGACGUGGCACGCCGAGAAAGAAGACAAGGCGCGGUCACCGAAGAGGCGUCACAGACGAGCACCUCCGCGGAGACCAACGGGCCUCCGAUACACCCUUCGCUCUUGCUUCCCGGCCCUGAAGCAAGGAUCAACUGGCAAUAUCUCUACAAGCAAAAGAGGAGGUUAGAAGAGAAUUGGAGCACCGGACGAUUUUCCAACUUCCAGCUACCACACCCAAACCAUCCCGAGGAAGCUCAUACCGAGUGCGUGUAUACCAUACAGUAUUCUGGGAAGUUCCUGGUGAGCGGCAGCAGGGAUAAGAGCAUCAGGGUCUGGAACCUGGACACCCAACGCCUUGUACACCCACCACUGGUCGGCCACGCAGCGUCCGUGCUGUGCUUACAGUUCGACGAGCGCCCCGAACAAGACAUUGUAGUCUCUGGUGGUAGCGACUGUAGAGUGAUUCUGUGGAAGUUUUCCACCGGACGCAUCAUCAAGGAAAUCGAAAAAGCGCAUUCCGAGUCGGUCCUGAAUCUCAGGUUCGACGAUCGCUACCUAGUCACUUGCUCGAAAGACAAGACGAUCAAAGUAUGGAAUCGGAAAGAGAUGCUCCCAACGGACGAUACUUACCCUUCAUCGACCAUGAAGUCGGGCGCUCGCUUCCCUUCUUACAUUAUCAACAUGCAGGAACACGUCGAGAGCCAACACCUCCAUUUCAAACCCCUCCUUCCGUACAGCCUGAUCAUGACUUUGGAAGGACACGGUGCUGCAGUCAAUGCAAUCCAGAUCCUUGAUGGUCAAAUCGUGUCUGCAUCUGGAGAUAGGAGUGUCAAGUGCUGGGACGUUCGCACUGGCGCAUGCACUAGAACAUUCUCAGGGCAUACCAAGGGCAUCGCAUGUGUCCAAUUCGACGGACGACGCAUCGUUAGUGGCAGCUCAGACGAAAGUGUACGCAUCUUCGAUCGCGCAACUGGUGCUGAAGUGGCCUGCUUGAACGGCCACAGUAAUCUUGUGCGCACCGUGCAAGCCCAGUUUGGCGACCUUCCUGGCAAUGAAGAAGAGCUCGAAGCCGAAGCACGGUCCAUUGAUCAAAUCUAUUUCGCAGCACAGGCUAGUGGCCAGCUCACCGGUCAAAAUCUCAGCAGAGAGCAGCGACGUGCUCGCAACGCCGGCUCUCGUGACCCAUCCAAAGUAUUUGCCUACGGGGCCAAACUACCACCUGGUGGCGGCGGCAGCAAAUGGGCGCGCAUAGUCUCCGGCUCCUACGACGAGACAGUCAUCAUCUGGAAGCGAGGACCCGACGGAGCAUGGGAGAAGUCGCAAACCCUCCUCCAAAAUGACGCCGUCCGAGCAGCCGGCGGCCGCCCCCGAAGACCCGUCAACCACGCAGCCAACGCAAACCACCCUGCCCAACCCCCGAACCAACAAGCCAACGCUCAAACAGCCGCACAGCAAAACAACUUCCAAGCUCUCGCACAGCAAGCCCAAGCCCAAGCCCAAGCAGCCCAAACCCUCGCCCAACAAGCCCACGCCCUCCACGCAGCAUCCCAAGCAAUGCAUGGCCCCACCGCCGCCGCCAACGCACCCGCAAACACAGCUGCGACGGCCAACCCAGCUCCCGCAGCGAACAACCCUCCCACCGCAAACGCCGCACCCGCACAGCAAGGCGCCGCCGGCCCUGCCAACGCUGCACCGCACCACCACCACCACCACCAUCAUCACCACCAGCCUCACCCCCUCGCCGCACCACUCACCAACAACGGUACCAACUCACGCGUCUUCAAACUGCAAUUUGAUGCCAGGAGGAUCAUCUGUUGUAGUCAGGAUCCGACGAUUGUGGGCUGGGACUUUGCGAAUGGGGAUAGGGAUAUUAUGCUUGCUAGUCAGUUUUUCGGGGACUCUUAUUAG